CUCGUGGCCGCGUCGCUUGACGGCAAAUUGAAAUUUAAAUAGUCGACAUGGCUUCCUCGGUGAUCUGCAGAGAAACACAGAGCAGGGUGAGUUCGGUGCUAAACAGGGACGUGAAGCAGUAUGGAAAGAAGUACAUGUUUGACUGCAAUGAAGAGACAUGCUGGAACUCAGACCAGGGUGAAUGUCAGUGGGUGUGUCUGGAGUUCCCCCAGUCUGUCAGGGUGUCAGAGGUAAAGGUCCAGUUCCAGGGAGGCUUCUCAGCUAAAACAUGCAAACUAGAAGGUUGCUCAAAAGACGGAGACUUUACAGCUAUCAGCCAUUUUUACCCAGAAGACAACAACUCGCUUCAGAGCUUUCCCAUACAGGAGGCCCCUGCAGUGGACAAAGUUAAAAUAACGUUUGAGAAUAGUGCCGACUUUUUUGGGAGAAUAACUGUUUAUUCCUUGGACAUCCUGGGGGAAAAAGCCUCAUGACCAUUUUUUAAAAUCCUCUCAUGAGAGAGGAAGUGACCUUCGAGUAAAGUACAGGACACAGGACUGUGUGGUGGCACUUUGGGAAACAUGUCAUCUGCAGUGCCACCUCCUCAGCUGAUGUAAAUGUGGCCUUUUUUGGUGUGGACACUUUCAGGGAUCUGUCAUGCAGUCUCUCUACACCAUUCAGUGACAGGAGGCUUG